AUGCCCAAGGUUCUCGUUCCCAUUGCGGAGGGAACUGAAGACAUUGAACUGUCUUGCAUAACGGACAUUUUGCGUCGUGCUAACUUCCAGGUUACCGUGUCGUCCGUUAUGGAGUCUACAACCGUUCGCUUGUGCAGGGGCCUCGUACUUAUCGCUGACUCAUUGAUUAAGGAUGAGUCUGGCGAAGGGUAUGAUGGCGUUUUUCUUCCCGGUGGUUUACCUGGUGCUGACUACCUUGGGAAAAGUGUGGCUCUCAAAAAGAUCCUUGAGGAUGUCCGUGCCGCAGGGAAAUGGUACGGAGCCAUCUGUGCCUCGCCCGUGGUUUCAUUCGAGCCCAUGGGUUUGCUGCGGGAUGUCAAGACUAUCACGUGUUACCCCGGAUUGAAGGACAAAGUCCCCUCGCAUGUGCAGUGGAGUGCAGACCCUGUCGUUCGCUGCGGCAAGUGCUUGACGAGCAUGGGACCUGGAACAGCAAUUGCAUUUGCUCUUUCGAUCGUUACUGUUCUCGCGACGAAGGAUAUUGCGGAGAAACUGGCGAAGGACCUGCUUGUUUACGACAGCCCCGUGAUUAAUCAAAUGUUCAGUAAGUUUUAG